AUGACCGUUGGAAGUACGGUGGAGAUCACAGCCUUGGGCGAUGACUGGGCCAGAGCGCAUCGCCCUUCGUCCUUCACCCUUCGCCAAUGUGUCACACACCAGCGACUUCAAACUAGUCUUGUACGGACAGGUUUAGUCGAGAUUGUCACCGCAGACUACAAUGCACAGCUGCACACACUCGAUCCGCUCGAUUGA